AUGGCUUCCAGUUGCAAGGAUCCGGUGUGGGUGACAGAUCAGAAGAGGAGAGGGGAUGCAGCAUGCCCAGGGAUUACAAGCUCCUCACAAACAGCCAGGCUGAUGUUCCUGGAUGGCGAGGAGUGGAUGCCUGUUGGGGUGCCAUUUGAAUAUGACGCCAAGUCUUUUGACACCAUGAGAUUAGUUUACAUCAGUAAAUUUGACCCAGAGAUGACAGACAGAAAACAAAUUGCAGAUUACUAUGAAGCGCUGGCUCACAAGUUACACUCCCAAUAUCAGGAGAUGCCAGUAACAGGAUUACUGCUGAUGCACUCAACCCAUUAUGUCCAUCUGCUGGAGUCUUCCAUUGAUGUACUUUACUCUGUAAUCCAGGAUCUCACCAACCAAUCUACUGAAGAAAGGCUGAUUCAGUCAGACAUUAGGAUACUUGUAUUGUCACACAAUAUCCCAGACCGACUGUACCGACAGUGGCUGCAACGCCCUGUAAAUUUGCCUGUCACACUGAUGAUGGACACUUCAGAGAUGGAGCCAGUGGAGAAAUUAGUCCCAGAAUGCCUCAGUCUCCUGUUGAGACUGGGAAAUUACAUCCAGCAAAAUCCAAAGAAAAACAUCACUGGAUCAAAUCACACCGUGUCUGAAGAAAUCCGACAUCUGAUCAUCAAAGAGAAUACCAUCAAGUUUCUGUGUGGCAGCUCAGAGCUCAUGACUCCUCAGCAGUUCCUUGAACAUUAUGAAAAAUCAACAUAUGUCGUCCUAGACUCAGAACUGGUUUGGCCAUCCUCUCUUCAUCUGUUUCUUGGGGGUUAA